GAGGUUCCGUAGAAUAGUGCGCGAAGGUGCAGAUGUUGGCGGUCUGAACACACAGAAGAAGAAGAAGCUGGCGGAGGUUUUCAAGCUGAGGCACUUCACGUAUCAAAAAGACAACACUUUUGCAGAAAUGGAAAACUGUGGAGACAUCCUAGUGAAGGAGUUGGACAAGCGUUCUUCAGGUCAAGCAUUUGAGGUUAUCCUGAGCCCCUCAACCCCAGAUGCCAAGGCCGAAUUUCCAUUGUCCCCUCGGAAGAAAAAGGAAAUGUCACUGGAUGAGCUUCAGAGGAAACUAGAAGCUGCAGAAGAAAGACGCAAGAGCCAGGGGGCUGAAAUGCUGAAACACUUUGCUGAGAAACGAGAGCACGAGAAGGAGGUCAUCCAGAAGGCCAUAGAGGAGCAAUGCAACUUUAGUAAGAUGACAAAAGAGAAAAUCAAUCAGAAGAUGGAGGCCAACAAAGAGAACCGCACUGCACGCAUGGCAGCUCUCAAUGAGAAAUUCAAGGAGAAGGACAAGAAGCUUGAAGAAGUGAAGAAGAACAAGGAGGCAAAGAAUGAAGAGAACUGAUUUAUGACCUGGAAUUUUUUCCCAAAGAUAAGCUGUACAUUUUAAACUGACACUUCCAUGCUAUUUUUUGUUGUGUUAGUUCUGAUUAUGCUGUUGAAUGAAAGUUGGUUAUAAAAGCGUGUGAGAGUCAGUUACUGGGUGCGGAUAUAGUCUGAUUUUUGUUCACUUGUAGAUUUCUAAUUGGCAGCUGAUUAAACUGUAGUUUUUGUAGUAAGAGCUAUAUUUUUGCAUUAAGAGGCAUUCUAUUGUAAUGAGUUGGUCUUUAUACUUCAUACUGUUGUAAUGCAUCAUAAAAUAGUUCCAAACUGUUGAUAAUGUUGUAAGUUUGAAUUUACUGUGUGAUAUCAAGGUUCUACCAUUAAAGUCGAUAUCCACAAUUUUA